AUGAAUCUAAGCAUUAAGGUAAUGCGAGGAGGAAUAUCAAUAUGCCUGCUCAUCAGCACUCUUUCGCUCGCACCCGCGCUCGGUAGCAGAGCCUGCGAGCGUGGAAGAACCUGGUGGCAUCGCGAGAAUGGCAUAUGUAUGCCAUGCACUCGCUGCGACCCUCGCCGCCUUGCUGUCAAAUAUCCCUGUGAAGUACACAGGGACACUAUAUGCCAGCCUUUAUACGAGGUCCGCAUCUUUCCAUUCAAUACACCCCGGAAGGAGGACUCAAACGCGAGUGACACAAGUGAUUACGAAUAUUAUGAAUACGCGGAUUACGGUGAAGUGACUGAGAGUGAUGAUAUCGUGUGGGACGUACAGACGUCCACCUUGACUCUGGCUGUUAGUGGAUGUGUAGUUUUCUUUGUGGUGGUGCUGACUCUCUCCUUCUACCAUGCACGGCAGUGGCGUGCGCUCAAACAAGCUCUUAAGUCAGAUGUGCACGAUUUAUCAGCUAAGCUGAAAUUGAUGGAAUCAGGCGGUGAAACACGGGCCGAGCCUAUCGUUCCCAGUGACCACAUCUACUGCAACAUUCACAUGGGCAAAGAUGCUCUACUUGUCGCGUUCUUCAAUAAUGAAAGUGGUGUUUGUGUUGCAUAUAUUUCCCAUUAUCCCUGUCUUCGCCACGCCUUAGCGCCAGUGUGCCUAAAGCAUGUCGGUUCAGUGAGCAGGGGACGUCCUCGGGGUCUCGUGCCUUCCUGUUCCGUUCACCUUCUCCAAGCUUCUCCAAGUAAUCGGGCCCUCUGCCUGCUAUAA